GCAUCCCCUGGGCCCGAGGGGGCGGGUUCUCCGCGGAAGGACUGGAAGGUGGCGGUGGCGAAGUCUCUGGGCGUUGGGGUUGCUAACAGGCAGGUGACUAUGAAAGGUUUAUAUUUUCAACGGAGUUCCACAAAUGAAGAAAUAAUGUUUGUAUUUCAAGAAAGGGAAAAUCUUCCUGUGACAGAGGAUAACUUUGUGAAACUUCAAGUUAAAGCUUGUGCUCUGAGCCAGAUAAAUACAAAGCUUUUGACAGAAAUGAAGAUGGAAAAGGAUUUCUUUCCUGUUGGGAGAGAAGUUGCUGGAAUAGUAUUAGAUGUUGGAAGCAAGGUAUCAUUCUUUCAACCAGAUGAUGAAGUAGUUGGGAUCUUGCCCCUGGAUUCUGAAGACCCGGGACUUUGUGAAGUUAUUAGAGUACAUGAGCAUUAUUUGGUUCAUAAACCAGAAAAGGUCACGUGGACAGAAGCGGCUGCAACGAUUCGGGAUGGAGUCCGAGCCUAUACAGCUCUGCAUUACCUUUCUCAUCUCUCUUCCGGGAAAUCGGUGCUGAUAAUGGACGGAGCAAGUGCAUUCGGCACAAUAGCCAUUCAAUUAGCACACCACAGAGGAGCCAGAGUAAUCUCUACAGCCUGCAGCCUGGAAGACAAGCAGCACCUUGAAAGACUUAGACCUCCUGUAGCUCGAGUGAUUGAUAUCUCUACUGGGAAAGUCCACAUUGCUGAAAGCUGUUUGGAAGAAACAGGUGGCCUGGGAGUAGAUAUUGUGCUAGAUGCUGGAGUGAGAUUAUAUAAUAAAGAUGAUGAACCACCUGUAAAAUUACAGCUACUGCCACAUAAGCACGAUAUCAUCACACUUCUGGGUGUCGGAGGCCACUGGGUAACAACAGAAGAAAACCUUCAGUUGGACCCUCCAGAUAGCCAUCGCCUUUUCCUCAAGGGAGCAACGAUAGCUUUCCUAAAUGAUGAAGUUUGGAAUUUGUCAAAUGUACAGCAGGGAAAGUAUCUUUGCAUCUUAAAAGACGUGAUGGAGAAGUUAUCAGCUGGUGUUUUUAGACCUCAGUUGGAUGAACCCGUCCCACUGUAUGAAGCAAAAGUUUACAUGGAAGUUGUUCAGAAAAGUCAAGGAAGAAAAAAGCAAGUUGUUCUAUUUUAAUUUUCUUAUUUCUUAGACCUCAUUUGGAAGACCAGUAUUGAAAGCUGGAAAAUUGAGAAAAAAAGAUCAAGGAAGAAAAAAAAGCAAGUUGUCCCAUUAUUAUGUUUUCUUGUUAAGACAAGAUUCUCAGUUAUUUAAUGUAUUUGGAAAGUUUUUGCAUUGUUAUGCAAGUGAUAGGGAUAAUUCCACAACAUCUGAAGGAAAUAUUCAGAAAGCCUUUUUAGUUUUUGUUUCUGUACAUUGUACCUCUGUUAUAAAUUCUUUCAUGAAGAAAACUGCUGCUUUCAGCAAAACCCACGCUAUUCUAUUGAUAAAUCUAUUACAGGCCUUUGCUGUAAAUGUACUGUCAAAGCAAUGUUACUAAUCUUUUAUGAACCCAUUCUUAACAUCUUCCUUAACAAGACUCUGCAGUCAUAAUUUAAGCAUUUGAAUAUAUUUUCAGGUCUCAAAGGAUCGAGCCAAUAGGCACUUAACUUUUGUUUUCAAAUAUUCAUGCACUCUUAAGUUUCCCCAGGAUCAAACAAGCGGAUCCCAGUAACUGCCUGUGACAGCUGCGAGUGUUUCCCCGGGUGUAGGCUGGCCAAGCCUUGGGAAAGGGGACGGCAGGGUUGUUGGGUGGCUGCGUUCGGCGUUCGGCGUUCGGAGUAUGCUGAUUCCAGAGUACUCUCUGGGGGACUAGGCUGGGGCAGCCCGCCCCCCACCCCAACUCUCCAGUCGCCUCUGCUUUCUGAAAGUUACCAGAUCGACAGCCCAUCACCUAAGUGUGACGUUUGCUUUCCAUGCAGGCGCCAUACCAGGGUCUGAACACAUCCCUGUGGUGGACUUAAGCAGGGUUCACCUAUUUCGGUGCCCAACAAGACAGUGUCCACUGGCGCUGGACUGCGUGCUUCCCAUCAUCUCUGCACUCGGAGACGAGAGACCCGUCUGCCUGCAACCCAGCAAGGGGGCUGGGGGGCGAGCCUUGCGGGUUGGCCAUUGCGCACGCUCUGCGAAGGCGGUACACGCAGGGCGGGGCCUCGUAGCGUCUGUCCGUCGCGCUGACGUGAUGCAGCGUGGGGGCGGGACCAGCGCGCGCGGGAAGCGCAGGGCGGGUGGCGUUUACCGCCGCUUGUCAUGGCUCUCUCGGUGCCC